ACCUAGAAAAAACAGGGAGUCAGAGGAGGGGAGUGAGGAGUUGACGAGGAUUUUAGCCCAUAAUAUGGGCAAAUUUUAACACUAAAACACAUUUGUCUGCUUCUUUCUUUUGUAACACUACAUCGAGUUUUUCGAUCGGUUUGGAUUCGUGGAGGAAAUUAGCUAAAUUGUCAGCAUGUCGCGAGGUGUGUUACAACCUAGCCAGCAAAAGCUGGCGGAGAAAUUGACCAUUUUAAACGACAGGGGCAUCGGGAUGCUCACCCGCAUCUACAAUAUCAAAAAGCAAGGACAAGUUUGGAAGGCAUGCGGGGACCCCAAAGCGAAGCCCUCGUACCUGAUCGACAAAAACCUUGAGUCUGCGGUGAAGUUCAUCGUCCGAAAGUUCCCGGCCGUCGAGACGCGUAACAAUAACCAACAGCUUGCACAACUACAAAAAGAAAAGUCUGAAAUACUAAAGAAUCUAGCUUUGUACUACUUCACAUUUGUGGAUGUUAUGGAAUUUAAGGACCAUGUUUGCGAACUGCUGAACACUAUUGAUGCUUGCCAAGUAUUCUUUGACAUUACUGUAAAUUUUGAUCUCACAAAAAACUACCUUGACUUAGUUGUGACCUACACUACAUUAAUGAUACUGCUAUCCCGGAUCGAGGAACGCAAAGCGAUCAUCGGCCUGUACAACUACGCACAUGAAAUGACACAUGGCUCAAGUGACAGAGAAUACCCCAGGCUUGGACAGAUGAUCGUAGACUAUGAGAACCCAUUUAAAAAGAUGAUGGAGGAGUUUGUCCCUCAUGGAAAGUCCUUGUCGGACGCCCUGCUCUCUCUGCAGAUGGUGUACCCUCGCCGCAACCUGUCCGCCGACCAGUGGAGGAACGCCCAGCUGCUGAGUCUCAUCAGCGCCCCAAGCACCAUGCUCAACCCAGCACAGUCAGACACGAUGCCCUGUGAAUACCUGUCCUUGGACGCCAUGGAGAAGUGGAUUGUUUUUGGGUUCCUGCUGUGCCACGUCACUCUGAACAACGACCCUGCAGCUCUCAGCCUGUGGAAGCUGGCCCUGCAGAGCAGCACCUGCCUCUGCCUCUUCAGAGACGAGGUCUUCCACAUCCACAAGGCCGCCGAGGACCUUUUUGUCAACCUCCGCGGCUACAACAAACGUGUGAAUGACGUCCGAGAGUGCAAGGAAUCAGCCGUUUCUCAUGCGGGUUCCAUGCACCGAGAGCGCCGCAAGUUCCUGAGGUCGGCCUUGAAGGAGUUGGCCACGGUGCUUGCCGAUCAGCCUGGCCUGCUGGGCCCUAAGGCUCUGUUUGUUUUCAUGGCUCUGUCCUUUGCCCGGGAUGAGAUCAUAUGGCUACUAAGGCACGCGGACAACAUCCAGAAGAAGAGCACAGAUGAUUUUAUUGAUAAGCACAUUGCAGAGUUGAUCUUUUAUAUGGAGGAGCUCAGGGCCCACGUGCGCAAGUAUGGCCCCGUCAUGCAGCGAUACUACGUACAGUACUUGUCUGGGUUCGAUGCCGUGGUCCUGAACGAACUGGUCCAGAACCUGUCUGUCUGUCCCGAAGAUGAGUCCAUCAUCAUGUCCUCCUUUGUGAACACCAUGACCUCCCUCAGUGUGAAGCAAGUGGAGGAUGGAGAGGUGUUUGAUUUCAGGGGCAUGCGGCUGGACUGGUUCAGAUUGCAGGCCUACACCAGCGUCUCCAAGGCCUCGCUGGGACUCGCCGACCACCGGGAACUGGGCAAGAUGCUCAACACCAUCAUCUUCCACACUAAGAUGGUGGACUCGCUGGUGGAGAUGCUAGUGGAAACCUCCGACCUCUCCAUCUUCUGCUUUUACAGUCGUGCGUUUGAGAAGAUGUUCCAGCAGUGCUUGGAGUUGCCGUCUCAGUCCCGCUACUCCAUCUCCUUCCCCCUGCUCUGCACACACUUCAUGAGCUGCACCCACGAGCUCUGCCCAGAGGAGCGGCACCACAUUGGCGAUCGCAGCCUGUCCCUGUGCAACAUGUUCCUGGACGAGAUGGCCAAGCAGGCACGCAACCUUAUCACGGACAUCUGCACAGAGCAGUGCACGCUCAGUGACCAGCUCCUGCCAAAACAUUGUGCCAAAACCAUCAGUCAGGCCGUGAACAAGAAGUCCAAAAAGCAGACGGGGAAGAAAGGCGAGCCCGAGCGCGAGAAGCCCGGCGUAGAGAGCAUGAGGAAGAACCGGCUCCUGGUCACCAACUUGGACAAGCUGCACACUGCUCUGUCGGAGCUGUGCUUCUCCAUCAACUACGUGCCCAACAUGGUGGUGUGGGAGCACACGUUCACCCCACGGGAGUACCUCACCUCCCACCUGGAGAUCCGCUUCACCAAGUCCAUCGUAGGCAUGACCAUGUACAACCAGGCCACGCAGGAGAUCGCCAAGCCCUCGGAGCUGCUGACCAGCGUGCGGGCCUACAUGACGGUGCUCCAGUCGGUGGAGAACUACGUGCAGAUCGACAUCACCCGUGUCUUCAACAACGUGCUGCUGCAGCAGACCCAGCACCUGGACAGCCACGGAGAACCCACCAUCACAAGCCUCUACACAAACUGGUAUCUGGAAACACUACUGCGACAAGUGAGCAAUGGACACAUAGCCUACUUUCCAGCAAUGAAGGCCUUUGUCAACCUCCCUACAGAAAAUGAACUGACCUUCAACGCAGAGGAGUACUCUGAUAUAUCUGAGAUGCGGUCGCUGUCAGAGCUGCUGGGGCCAUACGGAAUGAAGUUCCUCAGCGAGAGCCUCAUGUGGCACAUCUCCUCCCAGGUGGCUGAGCUCAAGAAACUGGUGGUGGAGAACGUGGAGGUGCUAACCCAGAUGCGGACCAGCUUCGACAAGCCUGAGCAGAUGGCCGCCCUGUUCAAGAAGCUCUCAUCGGUCGACAGCGUCCUGAAACGAAUGACUAUCAUUGGAGUCAUCCUCUCAUUCCGUUCACUGGCUCAAGAGGCUCUCCGAGACGUGCUGUCCUGUCACAUUCCUUUCCUGGUGAGCUCAGUGGAGGACUUCAAGGACCACAUUCCCCGGGAGACGGACAUGAAGGUGGCCAUGAACGUGUACGAGCUCUCGUCUGCUGCCGGCCUGCCCUGUGAGAUCGACCCCGCACUGGUGGUGGCGCUCUCCUCUCAGAAAUCUGUUGUGCCAAUCAUAGAGAACAUCAGUCCAGAGGAGGAGUACAAGAUCGCCUGCCUGCUCAUGGUCUUUGUGGCCGUGUCCUUGCCUACCUUGGCGAGCAACGUCAUGUCCCAGUACAGCCCCGCCAUCGAAGGUCACUGCAACAAUAUUCACUGUCUGGCUAAGGCCAUCAACCAAAUAGCUGCUGCCCUCUUCACCAUCCACAAGGGUAGCAUCGAGGACCGACUGAAAGAAUUCCUUGCUUUGGCCUCCUCCAGUCUACUGAAGAUCGGCCAGGAGACCGAUAAGACCACAACGAGGAACAGGGAAUCGGUGUACUUGCUCCUUGAUAUGAUUGUGCAAGAAUCUCCGUUCCUCACGAUGGAUCUGCUGGAAUCAUGCUUCCCUUACGUCCUGCUUAGGAACGCAUACCACGCUGUCUACAAGCAGUCAGUGUCCGCUUCUGCAUAAGAUGCCCCCACCCCUCCUCCUCCUCCCUCGCCUGGUGAACCCUUGGCAUGUCGAGCGGGCAGCGUGGCUCCCAUUCCAUAGACCCGCGUAGUCUUCUUUUAACAUUAUAGUCUUAAGGCUUUUGUGGGAUCAGACCUUUCAUAAAGAAAAAAAAAAAAAAAACAGCAUCACGAACAAAAAAAAUAAACCUUAAUUGUAUAAACAACCUGUUUAUUGAACAUUGAAGGUAAACAAGUUUGGUUGUCAGGGACUAGUGGCACUACUAUAAAAAUGAGUUUUUUGCGCAUUUUUGUUUCUCAAUUUGAAAUGGAAAAGAAAUCUGUAUUUGUGUGUGUGUUUGGGAUGGGUUGGGGUGAAAUCAUAAGUAAUCUACAUCAUGCUAAAAAAAAUGCUUGUUUAAUGACAGAUGCCUCUAUGAUACACAGUGAUUCUUUUAGAUGUCGUUAUAGAUUUAAUCUGUGUGGGUUACGGUGUGCUUUUCUUUCUGUGAAUUUGCAUUUUAUUUUUACACUUUGUGUUCCUUUGAAUUAUUUGCCAAAAUAUUGAAAUAAUAGCAUCUCAUUUGGUUUGAAACAGCAGAAUUGUGGUUAACUACAUGUUAUUAAAAAAAAAAAAAAACAACCAGUAGUGUUGUUUGUACAAAGCAUAGUAUAAUUUUUUAACUAACUCAUAAUGCCCAAUUGGCAUUACCACUCCAGUGUACCUGUCUAUGCGGUAUAAUAAACAUUCGUAAAUAUUUAUUGAAUGUUUAUCAGUUGUUCUCCCCUAACCAGUUUUAUAUGUUUUGAAUUUUUGGAAAUGACCAUGUAUCUUCCAUAACAUGAAUAAACAUCAGGUCAUAUGCA